AUGGUGCUGGAAACGGCUUGGGAGAUAAUCAAAUUUGGAUAUGGACUGCCAUUUUGGUUCAUCUACCUUAAAGUAGUACAGAUAUUGCGCAAGCAUCAUGAUAGAGACUUUAACACCGUAUUUUACAGGAUUGUGUAUUAUACUGGCGUUAGCGUGAGUUUAAAAUUUUUUAUUCUUUUUUAAAAAAAUUUUUUAGGCAUAAUUAUAAGUUUAAGCCUAAAGUGAAGUUUUUAAACCUAAGGUUAUAUGUACAUAAAAGCUCAAUGCCACGCUUUUAGGCCUAAAGUUUAGUUUUUAAACUUACGUUUAAUUUGUUAAAAUUACACUGAGCUUUUUAAGCCUAAAGCAAGGUUUUGAAGCCUAAGGUUAUACACUAAAGCCGCCUGUCACAAUUUUGAUUCUAACGUUAAGAUUUUAAGCCAAGGCUAAGGUUUGUAAGCCUAAAGCUAUGUUUUUAAGUAUAAGCAUUGAAGCCGGCUGCCACAAUUUUAUGCUCAAAGCUAAUUUUUUAAGCCUAAACUGAAGUUUAUCAGCGUAAAGCUAAUUUGUUAAGCCUAACGUUAUGCAUUAAAGCAAAAUAUCAUAAGUUUAAGCCUAAAAUUGACUUUUUUUAAGCCUAGCCUAGAAUUUGUGAGCCUAAAGCGACGUUUUGAAUUUUAAGCUUAUGUGUUAAAACUGCGACAAAUUUAAAUCCCAAGUUUAUAAGCCUAAAGUCACGUUUUUAAGCCAAAACGUAGGUGUGUAAGCCUAAAGUUACGCUUUCAAGCUGAAAACAACGUUUUUAAGGCUAAACCCACGCCUUAAAAAGUUGUCCUUUUAUGAUUCAUAUUUACAGGACUGCAUCGGCUUCUGGGCCAAUACCUUAAUAAAUCACUGGAACACCACUCCUAUACUUACUGACCUCUACGCCACUUACAUGACCAAAGAAACAAGACUAAUUUCACCAUUAUAUAUGAUGACAUAUUAUACCUUAUACAUAUCAGAAUUUAGCGGGUUUUUGUUGGCUUUGAAUCGCCUUUCAGCACUGUGUUACCCUACCAAGUCGGAAAAGGUGGGUCGUUUACUACGGUUGAAUUGUCUCAAGUUUUUUUACAGUAAUCAGUAAUCAUAACCUUUAAAAAUAAAAGUUAAUUCAAUUAAAAAACUAAAUUUCAGUUCUGGCGUCAACAUUUCAACAAAAUCUUAUUCCUCUACAUUACCGUGCCUUUAAGCGUCUGUAUACAUUUAUUAUUCUACCCCAUAGAGCUCGAAUGCCCCAGCUACCGCAACUGCUAUUUUGAUGCGGUGGAAAUGUUCAAAUUACCGGUAAGUGCACAAACAUUAAUUUUCAUAUACACCAAUGCCAUUUUUAGCCAUUUUAGUGAUUAAAAACCAUCGCUUGAAUUAAAUUUGUCAGCUUGAAUUUACAUUAAAAUUAUAUUACACUUGAUGUGAAGUGACGUUUGGUGUUAAAAAAUAAUAUUUUUCAGAUAAAAAUAGCACUAAUGGGUAUUGUAAAUAGUAAAAGCUAUAUAGUAAUUGUCAGAUGGAUCCAUUAAUUCAUUCGCAUUAUCACUUUGACACAUUUUUGCAAAUGAAAAUGCGAAAAAAUUAAUACAUCCAUCUUUAAUAUCAGUAUAUCAGCAAUUCAACAGUCGAUCCAUUAAUUCAUUCGCACUCCCAAAAUUCGAAAAUUAUUAAAAAUGCGAAAGAAUUAAUGGAUCCACCUCUAAUAUUACUAGCUCUUCAUCAUAUCAAAUAUUUUACUGAUACUCAAAUUGACUUUUUCGUAUUUUAGGGAAGAAUGCGAGUACGAUCAGCGCUAUUCAGCAUCACCUGCUCAGUAUUAACCCUCAUUUUAAACUCAUUUUCUAUUUUUAUAUUGGCCGUCUAUCGAAAACAUGACAAAGAAAUGCAAGCUCAACGUAAACUACAACGUUAUACUGUUUGUGUUUUCAUUGUCAUAUUGGUUUUGAGUCUGGAACAGGUAGGUUAAAGGCUUAUAUUAUCCUAGUUUUUGCCUCAAAUUCAUAACCUAACUUAAUGUCUAACAUACGACAUUAUGUUAGGUUAGGAACGAGUGAUAUUAUAGGCCUUUUCAUCGGUCAGUGCCGUUACCUAACCUAAAGUAAUCUCCAAUAUACGGCAUUAUCAGGGACGCCGUUUGGGGGGAGGGGGGGGUUUCGGGGUGACUCCCCCCCCCCAGAGCCGAUCAGGUACCUGUACGUAAAAAAACGAAAAAAAAAUUUUUUUUGGGCCUCCACCCCCCCCCCUUCCCACAUAAAAACCGUAGCGACGUCCCUGGGCAUUACGUUAGGUUAGGAACGAAUGUUGCUCCAUUUUUUAAAAAUAUUGAUAUAUCUUUGCUCUUUCUAAUCUAACAUACUGUCUAAAACACGACAUUAUAUUAGACGAGAAAGGCCGUUUCGCUAUGUCAAACCUCAAUAUUGUCCUAAAAUCCCAAAUUUACCCAAAUUUCAGGUAGCCUAUGUCUACAAAGGCCUGACAGACACCAAAAACCCCUUCAUCGUGAUCUUUAUAAGCACCUACGCACAUCUCUACAAUGCAGCCUUACUAAUGUCAGGCGUACUGCUACUUUUUACAUCGACAAAGAUACGACGAUACUUUUUUCGACGCCAACCUCGAAUUAAAACCCUCAUUGUAGCUAUAUUCAAAGGCAAAAGUUCUGGAAAGCAAACAGUUGUUUGUGUUACUACAAUACCACAUUCAGCUAUAUCUAGGAUUCAGUCCAGUUACUGA